UAAUGCAUUUAUAGUCUUUGCCCUGUGCACGCGCACAGUGCGCAGUCGUGCCAGGGUCACUCGGACUAAGCUAGACAUUUGGUCUCUUUUAAGUAAACCGAGGAUUUCAACGGAGGCACACGGACUUAUUAAAUGACCUGGGAGUGGAGUGACAUACAUUCCCAUCCGUUAUGGAUGGUUUCAACGGCGAUCUUGGCUAUAAUUGUGCGCGCGCAGCGGAGAGUGCCCUGGAACCCACGCGCUUGUCCUGUGGAGUUAAAAGGAAAAACUGCGAUUAUUACUGGCGCCAACACCGGGAUUGGGAAGUUCAUUGCCCUGGACUUUGCUCGUCGUGGGGCGCGGGUGAUCCUGGCUUGCCGGAGCGAGGCUCGUGGGACUGCAGCGCUGCAAGAAAUCAGAGACAGCAGUGGGAACCAGAACGUGCAUCUGCGUCUGCUUGACACCUCGUCGCUCGAGUCUGUCCGGAAGUUUGCGGCACGGAUCUUGGAGGAAGAGAAGGAAUUACACAUCCUGGUCAAUAAUGCUGGGGCCUCAGGCCUACCCAGUAAGAUCACCGCUGAUGGGUUGGAAAUCACAUUUGCAACCAACCACAUUGGGCCGUUCCUGCUCACCAGUUUGCUUUUAGACCUUUUGAAGAAAUCAGCCCCAGCUCGCAUUGUAAAUGUUUCUUCUAUGAAUCACUGGAAAGGCAAAGUGGACUUCUCCCAUUUCCGUGGGGACAAUCUUAGCAAUGUGAUGGAUGCUGCAUAUAACCACACCAAGCUGCACAAUGUCAUCUGGACCAAUGAGUUGGCACGCAGACUUCAGGGCACAGGAGUAACAGCAAACUCUCUGCAUCCAGGUGUAGUUAUGACAGAUGUAAUGAGAAACUAUAACUUCAUUAUCCGAUUCCUCUUCAACUUGGUCGGCUUUUUCUUCUUCAAAACUCCUGAAGAGGGGGCUUUCAGCCCAAUUUACUGUGCCAUUUCAGAGGAAACAGAGGGAAUCACUGGAAAAUACUUCGACAGUGACUGUUCCCUGGUCCUUGCAGCACCUCCUGCCAGAGAUCCUGCUCUUGGAGUGAAGGAAUAUGAGUUCUGUGAGAGACUGACUGCUAAACCAUAAAGAGAUAAUCCACCUAAGAAGAAAACUCCGUCAUCAUUAAUUCAUAUGCAUAUGCAAUGUGAAUUGUCACUUUUCACAUCUAAAUGACACAUCUAAAUGUUUCAACAUAUGUUCUCUAUUUCCUCUGAGUUUUGCAAUAAAAGCCUAAAGCCUCUUUUAAAAAAAUGCUCAAAUCUGUAUCCUAUAAUUUCCAACCAACAUGCUGACCUCUACUCAAACUGACACUGAAACCAGUGUGAACAUUCAACUCACACAAACACAUAUAUGCGCUAAAUGACUAAAACAUGUCAUCCCUUCAAAAGUUUGUGGUUGGUAAGAUUUUGUAAGAAAUGAAUCAUUUUAUUAAGCAAGGAUGCAUUCAACUGAUCGAAAGUGACAGUCAAGGCUUUUACAUUGUUACAAAAAAUGUCUAUUUCAAAUAAAUGCUGUUCUUUAAAAAUAUUAAA